GGUUAAACGUCGAACUGGAAAGACGUGUGUAUUUUAAGAAUUUAAUAUAUAAUUACUAUUUUAUACUUAUUAUAAGUUGUAGUGUUAGUUUCUAAAGUGCUUUCAAAGUGAAAAGUAAAAUAAAAAUACCAAACAAUUUGGUUAAAACCUGUACAAAACCCAAAAUACUUUAAGAAACAUUUUUAGAUUUUAGUUCUUCGUGUUUAAAAUUAGUUAAAAAAGCAUUGCUUAACAAAAUUGUUUAAAACCUAGUGUUUAAGUGACUAAGUGUAAGAAAAUCAGUCGAGUCUAACGGUUCCGGUGCAAGAACACCCCUUUAGAAGACAGGAAUCAUGCUAUAACGACUAUUUAAGUACUUAUAAUCAACCCGGGGAAGUACUACGCUUAAAAAAACAAUGGAUUCACCGAAAAUCGUGUACAAAUAUUACACAAAUCAGGCGUUUUGUCCACAAAGCGAAUCGGCAUACGCUCAGCAAAAAUGCAAAACGAGAAUUGUUUCGCCAGAGAGACAACGCAUGCCGCCUUUAGGCGCAAACUCCCCAAGAAAGGUAGAAGUAAACAACAGGAUUUUAAGAACAGAUAUAUCUGAUAAUCCUUUGCGCAUGUCUCCAGCUGGAGCUCCAAGGUACAGAGAUGAUGAGCCACCAGAACUACCACCAAAACCUGCCAAAUUUCUUAACAGAAGCUUCCAGCGUCAGUCUUCUUUAGUUUACAAACCUACCCGAUCAGUUCGUUGCAGGACAAGAAGUGAGGACCUCGAAAUGGCCCAAUUAAAACAGCAGAGACUAUCUAGAUAUGACAGACGAGCAGACAGUGAUGAUGGACUCGAAGAUAGCAGGACAAAACAUAGGUACGAAGUCAUACAAGAUAUCGACGAUAUAGUUGAUUAUUCGCCUACAAAAAAGCGCAUAGUGCAAGCGAAAGCUGACGAAAUAGAUGAAUACAAUGUCGACGGACCAGACGAGAACGAACUGAAGGAAAUACCGACGGAAAUUGUCAAAACUGUCAAUGGGAGAACGCUGAGAUACGCUAUAAUACCAUCUGAGGAUGAGGAGCCGCGGAAAAUGAAUGUGACGUUCACAUCACCAGUAAUGUCAAAAAAGAAUUUGAUUGCGACGCAAAAGCUUCACGAGCUGCUGUCAACGCCUAGGAAAUUAAAGAGCUAUGCCAGCCAGCCUUCAGUUAGAAUAACGCCGAAUAAAUCUGUAGAAAAUAGGUAUUCUGAGACGCCUAGAAAGUUUGCUGCAAGCACUCCUACGCAAGGUGUGACGCCGUCUAAGUCGUGUGCAAAUCUGACAUCAAGGACGAGUGUUCCAACUUCUCCUAUCUCCCCUAAAGCUCAACAGAAACUAAACUACGGUCUACCUGAACAUCUAGCUGAAAAUCAGCCGUCUUUUGACAGGCACGAUGUCUUCGUGACUAGUUUCAGAGAGAAGAGAGACAGGAGUUUCGAAUUGGAGAGGGAGUUGAGUAGAGAAAAGCGGGAUUAUGACAAGAGAAGAGAAAGCCAGAGAAAGGAUAAAAAUACCGCUGUUAUUAUACCCAGAGUGGCAGCGCCCCCUUCAGUGUAUUCCGAAGAGACGUACAAAUCGUUUUCAAGCAUUAAAACUAUAUCAGGAGCUACCGCCUCCUUGCUGAUCGCAGCUGUGAUGCUGACUAUGUGCGGAGGAUUGACAACAGGGCUGAGUUUCUACAUGAUGUAUGCUAUUGGCAGGCGCUACUAUUUGGACUUCGGCGUGCUGGCUGGUUUCACGUGUUUCCUUCUAGGACUACUCGGCUUAAGAUCACGAAGACAACAGUUAUUACCAAAUAGAAAUUAUAUUUCAGGCUACAUCGUGUUAUCUUCAUUCUCACUCCUCAGCGCCUUUGGUCUCCUUAUUCUCCUGUCAAUGGAACCCAAGCCAGGGACGCCACUGAAUGACAUAACAUCAGGAGCGGUCUGUGGUUUCAGUAUUCUGUCACUAUGCCUUGCGUCUAUUGGUGUUCUAGCGUCAUACUGUUGUGUCAAAGAUCCACCUGAUAAUCGAGUGGGGUCUACUAGGUGGUAUUGAAUUAAUUAUCUGUGGUUAUGUUAGGGAUUUUUGACAUUAAAGACAAGUGUUAAUCUAAUAAGAGAUGAUGGGGCGAUAAACGGUGAUAAUAGAAGGAGA